CUUUCUUUCGUGAAUGACAGUUCGUUGAACUUGUUUUUGUGCGCAUUUCGGUCUUCGAAAAUGUUCUGAUUUUUUGUUUGGGAAGAGAAGAAUCGACGUUUCCUUCAGUUGAUUGCGUUUCCUUUUCUCCGUCAUCAUUUUAUUUUACUAUCAAUGUGUUGCCGUCUAGACUCAUGAAAACAAGAUGUCAAAGAUAUUCACACCCACCAACCAAAUUCGUUUGACGAAUGUGGCGAUAGUUAGGUUAAAAAAAGGUGGUAAACGAUUUGAAAUAGCAUGUUACAGGAACAAAGUAUUAUCGUGGAGAAAUAAAGUAGAGAAAGAUAUUGAUGAAGUUUUACAGACACACACUGUGUUUACUAAUGUUUCCAAAGGGCAAGUAGCUAAGAAAGAAGAUCUUGUAAAAGUGUUUGCGAAGGAAGACCUAACAGAAAUAUGCAAAGAAAUUUUAGAAAAAGGUGAACUACAAGUAUCGGACAAAGAGAGGCAUUCUCAAAUUGAAUCCUUGUUUAAAGAUAUAGCUACUACUGUGGCUGAUAAAUGCAUAAAUCCUGAAACCAAAAGACCUUACCCGGUGUCAAUCAUAGAAAAAGCAAUGAAAGAUAUUCAUUUUUCUGUGAAUGUUAAUAAAAAUGCUAAGCAACAAGCUCUUGAUGUAAUUCAGCUGCUCAAGAAAGAAAUUCCUCUUGAGAGAGCUCAGAUGAGAGUUAGGAUUCUUCUUACAGGCAAAGAUGCACGCAAAACUAAAGAAAAAGUUGUUAAGUUAACAACAAGUGUAGAAGAAGAAAACUGGGAUUCUGGAAAUGCCAACAUAAUUUGCCUUAUUGAUCCUGGGAAUUUCAGAAAUUUGGACGAAUUGAUAAGGACAGAAACUAAAGGUAGUGGCCAAUUUGAAUUGCUUAAUUUAAAGGAAAUGGUUGAAGGAGAACAAGCACUGUAAUUCUAAUGACACCUUAUUAUUAAGUGAAUUUAAUUUGUUUCUAUUUAUAUGUGUAAUAAAACUAAUAAGUUAUUACUGA